AUGGAUUCCGAGUUGAGGAACGUAUUGGCGGCAGUUUACUUGACAAUCACGGCCACGAUCUUGAUGUCAAAUGGAGUGAAAGCGUGGACAGGUGAAAUCCAUGGCAGAGUGGUGUGUGAUGUGUGUGGGGAUUCUUCUAUCGGCCCUGAAGAUCAUGUUUUAUCGGGUGCCGAGGUGGCUGUGCUUUGCAUAACCAAGUCAGGCGAAGUUCUAAACUAUCAGGCGUUCACUAAUUCAAAUGGGAUAUACACAGUUGCAGAGACGAUGCCAGCGAGUGACCAGUGGGAUGCAUGUUUAGCAAGACCGAUCAGCAGUUUCCAUGAUCACUGCACACAUCUCGGAGAUGGUAGUACCGGUGUCAAGUUCAGUUACAAUCAUCCAUCAGGCUUUUCGCAUGCUGUUAAACCCUUUGUUUAUCGUCCUGCUAGUGUUCCUACAUACUGCAUUUAG